CAGCCAACGUCGGCCCAGCCUUGAAUUGAAGCUUCCCAUCGCAAAGAAGAAACCGCCAAAACAGGGGGGGCACGCAGCGAACCCCAGCUUUCACUUGAACCGGAAACUCGCCCACGUCGAGAGCUGCAUCCGAUCAGUCAUGGCUUCCCUCAGGUCGUCGUCGGCUGCAGCCGCCCGCGCGCUCAGGAGCGCGUCCCAGGCGCGGCCCGCCCUCUCCUCCGUCAUGACCACCGGCCGCCGCAGCGAGGGCACCAUCGCCCCCGUCAAGCAAACCGCCGCCCCCGCCGUCGUGAGGCCGAACCAGCCCGACUACGCGGCUCAAUUCGACAAGGCUACCUCCACCUUCACCCCCGUUCCUAGGCAAGUCCAGGACGGCAGCGAGCAGACCGACGUCCUCCCCGCUUCGGUCAUGUCCGGUGCUCCAAUGGAGCUGCAGGCCCGGACGGCUCGCAUCUACAAGCCUUCGAAGCCGGCGACGCAGUCCGGAAGACACGGCCUGCGCCAAUGGCGAAUGGACUGGGACGUGCUAGAAAAGGGCCACCGCUGGGAGAACCCCCUGAUGGGUUGGCAAUCCUCGGCAGACUUUAUGCAGGGAACACACAUGUACUUCAAGUCCAAGGAGGAUGCCAUUGCCUUCGCCGAGAAGCAGGGCUACGAGUACUUUGUUCAGGAGCCCAACGUGCGGAAGAUCACACCCAAGGCCUAUGCCAACAACUUCCUGUACACAGACAAGAAGCUGAAGCAUAUCCGCACGAAAUAAGUAAGGGAGUGGACAAUGGACUUGCAGGGGGGCAUGGCCGCGCAGAGAAAACGGCAAACAGGAUGGCGUUGGUCAGCAAGACGCUGGAUCAGCGAAGGCAAUCGCUGUGCUGUUGUGUAUAUAGCGGGUACAUUUAUACGCGUGCAAUUGGCUUCCCUGGCCCUAACCUACCUUCCGUCACAUCACCAGGCCUUUAUGCCCCCGAACAUAAACAGUCAUGCUUAAAACAUAUGGUGGUGGGGAAUAAAUGAGUUCAGGAAGUAUUGCUAUUCAUAAACAUUGCUCAUUCCCAUCAUCAAUAC